AUGUUUGUACUCACACGAAUCUCGGACGUGAUUCCCGUGGAGCCCGAGCUAUUUGAUGCAGACUACACGCAAGUCCUCAUCGAGGAAAUCGAUCGCAAGUAUGCGAACAAGGUCAUUGCGGACGUGGGACUUUGUAUUACGCUUUAUGAUUUUGUGAGCAUUGGUGACGCGCACGUGCACCCGUCGGACGGCACAUCACACUCCCAAGUGGAAUUUCGCUUGGUAGUGUUUCGGCCAUUCGUGGGUGAAGUUUUGAAAGGCCGCAUCGUAAGCUGUACAGAGGAACACAUUCGAGUGUCUAUGGAUUUCGUACAGGACAUUAUCAUACCUUCUUAUGCGCUGCAGACGCCAUCCUACUUUGAUACGGCGGAGCGGCUAUGGGUCUGGAAGUAUUCGGAUGGCCAAGAGAAAUUUUUUAUGGACUUGCACGAGGAGAUACGCUUCCGGGUGACAAACAUUAAUUUUACGCGCGUGACUAAAACAGCUAAAGGAAUACAGGCCACGACAACAGAGGCGACGGACAAGUCGGAAAAGGAAAUUGGCGCUGGCGAUAUGCGACGAUCUCUGGCCCGCCAACGGUCUUCGAGUGUGGAUCUAUCUGAUAAUGACCCCACACCUUCUGCAAUUCACAUUCUUGGAACCAUUGAUGAGGAUGGUUUGGGGUUGUCAUCGUGGUGGACGAGUUAG